AUGGAUUUCUCCUCACGGGGAGGCAACAAGGGUGCCGGCGUAGCUGGUGCCUCCGAAAGUAAUGUCGAUCGUCGCGAUCGCCUACGAAAGCUGGCGCUCGAAACCAUCGACCUCGCGAAGGACCCCUACCUUCUGAAAAAUCACCUCGGGGGUCUCGAGUGCAGGCUCUGUCUCACACUACACACCAACGAGGGCAGCUACUUAGCACAUACUCAAGGCAAGAAGCACCAAACAAAUCUCGCCCGACGAGCUGCUCGAGAAGCAAAGGAGAACGCCUACGACUCGAACAAACUCAUCACCGCCUCCGCGGCUGACACCGUUCCCAAGAAGCAGUUUGUCAAGAUCGGACGGCCAGGAUACAAGGUCAGCAAGGUCCGUGAGCCCGUGUUGGAGGGAGGAGAAGGGGGAAGGCUCGGUCUGCUCUUUCAAGUCUCCCUGCCAGAGAUCAAGGACGGUGUCGUUCCGAUGCAUCGAUUCAUGGGCUCGUUCGAGCAAAAAAUCGAGACUCCAGAUCGCAACUACCAGUAUCUGGUGGUAGCUGCGGAGCCAUACGAAACGAUCGCUUUCAAACUGCAAAGUAGAGAGAUCGACAGGAGGGACACAGGUCUUGUCACAUCCUCGGCCCCGGGAGCAAGGCCAAGGCCAGAACCAUCAACCUGGAGCUACUUUGAUCCGGAUGGAAAGACGUUUUCGGUUCAAGUCAUGUUCAAGUGA